AUGACGACUCCUCAAGUUUCCUUCCUUUCUCCUAUUCAUCAUUCUCAACCUCAUGAAAGCAAACAUCACCUUCUUGCAUCCUACUCUCAGAAUCAAGCCUUAACAAGUCCACUUCCACAACAACGAACAAUGAUGAUGCAGAGAUCCAUUCGGCAGCAUUCUACAAUAGAAUCCACCAAUACGAAUACUCCUCCCUAUCACCACUACCAAGCAAAGACGAGUCCAUCUCACCACUCGCCAAACGGUGCCUCAAGUUUGAACACUCCCCACAAUCACCACCAUCACCACUCUCACUAUUCAAACAACACGAAUACUCAUGUACAUACCAAUCCUUUUUCAAUCUCUUCAGUCUCGUCGUCAAGCUCUUCUUCACCAUUGUUGCAAUUUGAAAUCAACCAAGCUGUUGUCAGGUCUUCAUCCUCUCCUAAUACAUACACUCCAUUGUUACAACCUCAACAUGUUGUAACAGAAUCACCCACAAUUGAAAAGCUUCCAAAUUUGAAUGAACUCAUGAAUGGUGAGAAUCAUUGGCCAAACCGACCACUGUUCGAACCACAAUUUACCAAGUCACCCCCUCAUCUGUUACCACCUCAUGUGUCACACAUGACCUCACCUCCACACUACCAACCAAUGAUUAAUCAGCACCAUGAACCAUCUUCAUCCAUGCCUCAAAAUCACAACUCAUGCAGAUCUCAACACACUUCAAAUAGCAACGAAUCACCCAUAUUAGAGGGUCUGGAAAGAAGAGUCUACAUGCAAGAGCAAGAGAUUAGACGUCUUCACAAUGAGAAUGCUGAGCUGAAAAGAGAACUCGAAAGAUUGUAUAGCGAAAAUUCACCAAGAUUAGGCUUGGACAACAGCCACUCGACAUCUUCGAACAGAUCGUCCAGAAUGGCUGAGACAUCACCAACAUCUGUGAAGCAGUUAGCCUGUGAUGGUCAUGUAUCCGCCUCUCAAAUUAACACAAAAGAGAGUAAAGAGUGCUCGAAAAAGAGAAAGAGUUGUGAUACCCUGACCAAACAGCCACCUCAAAGUAAGAAGCAAGUUAAGAGCGAUAUUAGAAAUCCACAGCAACAUCCAACAAGAUUGAGAAAUACUGGUCGAAGAGAUGCAACAGUUGGAGAUUUAGAAAAGUACACAGUGACAUGGAAGGGAGAAAAAUAUGUUUUGGUUAACGCCUUCAAGAAUCGAACUCAGAUUUUGAAUUAUUAUGUUCCACUCUUUGAGAAUAAUUUUCCAGACAAGGUUUGCAAGCUUGUGCUCUGUAAUGAUGAAUACAAGACUUUGUCUACCCAGAAUCCAGUCACUGUCGAGAAGAAGAAGCAUGCAUGGCGUGUUUCAGUUUUCACUAUGGAUUUCUAUAACUUUGUCAAAAACUUUGAUAAGAAGAACCUCAAAAUUAUUAACUCGUCUGCCGGUUUUAUUCCAAAUAUUUACUUUGAAGAACCACAGCCAUCUUCAUCUACAGCAACCCCCACUACAGAUGAUGCGUCAUCUUUAGGGACAAACUCUUCAACACAAUCAACUCAUCCCGCUCUUGUCACGACACCCACGACAAGCAAUACCCAACUUAUUGACAUCACCACUCCAAGACCUAUUGCCAACAUCAACAACAAACAACCAUCUCAAUAA